AGCAGCAAAUUAUAUUUAUAAACAAUGGAUACUGAAGACUGCAUCGAUUUCGAAAAUAUGCAAGUUUUUAAUGGAGAUGAACUCCAUCUUCGUCUGAAUCUCCUGGAUCAAAAGAAUAUAUGCCAUUCUGCCAUCAUGAAUGGAUAUAAGAUUCAUGAUGAAGAGAAUACUCAAAUGCGAAAAUUCAAAUCCAAGUACGAAAAAGACAUUUACCGAGAAGAUCUGGUUAUAUAUGACAGUGAAAUUCAACCAUUGCAAAGAUUGAAGGGCCAACUGCAAUUCACAGACAUGCAGUCCGAUUCAGAAGAGAAAGUGUCCGAGAUGCACGAUGCUCUGGCUGCUCAACAUGUUACCAACUAUCAGUCCACAGAAAUUAAGGCUGUUACACAAGGAGUACCCAAAGAUAGAUAUCACAUAGUGAGAAUAACCAUGUAUCUCUUUGGAAUAACAUCUCUUUUACCUUGGAAUUUUUUCAUUCAAGCAAAUGACUAUUGGAUGUACAGAUUCCGGAACGUCAGUGUUCCUUUCGAUCCCGCAGCUGAAGACAAGACGAAGCUUCAAGCCAUCUUCUCUAGUUACCUCGCUAUCGCCAGCAAGGUCCCUUACGUCAUCUUUCUGCUGGUCAAUGCAUAUGUCAGUAACAAAUUACAGCCUUCAAAAAGAAUCCAGUGGCCUUUGAUGGCUAUGAUUAUUCUAUUUCUUUUCACCACUGCCAUCGUCUUCGUUGAUACUGACAAUAGUCAGACAACCUUUUUUGCAGUAACCAUCGCGACAGUUGUUGCGAUAAAUGCAAUGUGCGGUUUUGUUCAGGGUGGAGGUACGGGUAUAGCAGGAAGUCUCCCAAAGAGAUACAUGGGAUAUAACGUAAACGGCAUGGCUUUAGGAGGCAUCCUUGCAUCUAUAGCUCAGAUUCUAUCCUUGGUGGGCAACACAAAACCAGCCGACAGCGCCUUCUUCUAUUUCACGACGGCCACUGUCUUUCUAUGUAUAACCUUCGUAUUUUUCCGUCUCACUCUCAGAAGUGAACUAUAUCAUUACUACAUGUCCAAACAAACAUCGAUGAUAAGAAAGAAAGACCAACCAAAGGAAAAUAUACAUAGAGUCUCAAAUUGGGAAAUUUUUAAACAAAUAUGGGUAUAUGCCCUCUCUAUCGUGUUUGUCUUCUGGGUGACUCUUGCAGCACUGCCAGCUGUAGUCGUGCUGGUUCUUUCAACAUCGACAGAACAUACCAUUUGGACAGGUCGUCUGUUCCUGCCAAUGGCUUGUUUCUUACUGUUCAACGCAGCUGAUUUUGUCAGUCGACUUGUAGCUAUACGAAUACCUAUACCAUCAAAAUUCAAGUACAUCACAUUACUACUCACCAUACUACGUUUCGUAUUUUUACCUCUCCUCAUGCUAUGCAAUGCUCAUCCACGUUCUCAUCUACCCGUCAUUUUUGACAGUGAUGUAGAUUUCAUUGUCAUCAUAGUUUUCUUUGCAUUGACAGGAGGUUACUUGUGCACAAUAGCCCUCACACAAGGACCUAAGCAAGUGAAAGAAGAGCAUCAUGAAGCUGCAGGAUCUCAACUGGCACUUUUCUUAGGUAUUGGUCUCAUGUUGGGAUCAGUAUCUUCUUAUGGUCUUGUAGUGUUAUUAUAGUUAAAAAAUUUACUCAGAGGUCCAGAUUUUGUGAUGCUGCUAAUCAACUCAUGAGGAUAUUUAAAGGUGAAAAAGGCCUGAAGAACAACAACAAAAUAAUGCUCAUGAGUAUAUAGCAGGAAUACCCAAAAAGUUAAAACAUGAAAUGAGAUCAUAUUAUGUGAUUUUACAGAACAAACAAUAUAAUUUCGCUGCAUCAUUUCAAGAGCAUUAAAAUCACAAUUUUGAGAUUUAGAAGCUUACAAGAAUGCAUAUCAGAACUAUGAAAUAUGCUUUUGUUCAUACAAGGGACAUAUAGCCAUGCCUUCUGUGAACUUAAAAUAAACAAUUCAAUUUAUAAAGGAAUAUGGUAGCUGAUAUUUCUACUGAGCUGAAUUCUCUGUGUUAUAUUGUGGAAAUUGCAUGAAUAUCUAAAUACUGAUUCUAGUUAGCAUUCAAUCUAUACUAAUAUACAUUGAAUUUGCAAUUUGAAAAUGAUUAUUUCAUAAAUCCCAGCAUGUUUAUCAUUAAAAAAAAACCAGUGAAUAUUCAGCAUGAGUAAAAAUUCUAUAUUCCAACUUCAUCAACAGUCAUGCUUUACAUGCUAAGUCAUAUAUAUAAAUAUUUUAAUAAUUAAUAUAUUGAUAAUAAUUUAAUUAUUAUUGUUUAUUUUAUGAUCUUAAACAAAUUAUUUGUGUUAUUUAAAUAUACUAUGCAUUAGCAUACAUCAGUUGUAAAUUCAUCCAUGGCAAUAAAAUUAAAUAAAUGGGAAAAUAUUCUCAAAUCAAUGAAUUUAGAAAGUUUUAUUUAUUUAUUAUUAUUAUUAUUUGCAUUCUAUUUUCAAUCUUUAUUUUUUUUCAAAUAUAUUAUGAAACAUAGGCCUUCUUGGAGAAAGGGCAGGAAGUAACACUUUUUUAAAAAAAUUGUUCUUUAUUUUUAAUUUACUUGUUGCCAUGAUUUAAUUUACAAUCUGAAGAAAUCUAUUAACUACUUAGUGUUUCGUAUUUCUUUUUAUUUCAUCACAUUAUUCAUAUUGCUAGAUGUGGUCUCUUUAUCUCCCUUAAUACUCUUUGAGUUAUCACCAAAUCCUAUUUGAAGAGAUAAGAAUCAAAAUAUCAUGCCUUCAUUAUCAAUUAUGUUAAUUAUUUUAAAAUAAAUUAUAUAUAUUUUUGGA